AUGGCGCAGGAUCAGGACAACCCGUCGCGGACGACGUCUCCACCGCGCAAACGUCGCCGGCCUCCCAAGUCCUGUGACCCGUGUCGUCGUCGCAAAGUUCGUUGUCACCGGGAAUUUCCUUGCGGCGCAUGUGAGCGUGCAAGAACCUCACUGCAGUGCUUCUACCGCCCCGCGGUCGCUGCCAGCAGCCCCUCUAUAAUGGAAUACUCCAGUAUCACGGCUUCUUGCGUGCCGGAGGUACAUACGCCUCCUCCCCAAGCCGUUGACCCGCAGACGCACAGCCGUCCACCUGCACCCACAUCGCAAUCGCAGCCUCAGGACCAGAAUCAGUAUCAAAAUAAAAUCAUCUGGGAUCUGCAAAAUCGUGUUCGACGUUUGGAGGAACAGCUUCCCGGCCCUCCGGUCUCUCAAGGCACGACCGGUCCCAAUCCCAGCGUCUCUCAAACCCAGGCUCUGCGCCGCCUUCACGACCGGGUUCUCGGGGCCGAACAACAGCUGCCUGAUGCAUCUCAUCCCAGUCCUUCGGUCAAUGGAUGGGCCAUACCGGCCACCCUUCCUCGUCCGCGUAUCCCUCCCGAUAAGACGAAGCUUUUUGGCCCCAGUCACUGGCUGCAUACCGCUGAGAAAUUUCAAGUCCUUGGCAAAUUCGACGCCAAUGAAGUAGAACCGUCGCUGCAGGCUGUGGAUACCAGAUCUGAGUUCGCCGGCAUCUUCAAGGGCUGUCGGCAACUCCGCCAGGCCAUCAAGGACCAAGAGUCGGUCCGACUCAACCAUCCGGUUCCAGACUUACUGGGCACGCUCCCGGCCCAAGCAGUGUGUGAUGUUCUGGUCAAUGCGUAUUUCCGCACUUUCGAGGUUAUCUACCGUGUUGUUCAUGUCCCAUCCUUCUGGAAAGAGUAUCGUCAGUUGUGGACCCAGCUGCAGUCGACCCCGACCCAUUUUCUGAUGAAGCUGGUCCUGAUUCUCGCCCUGGGCACUACUUUCUACCCAGAUCGAAACAACAGGGUGCAUCUCCGCCGUCUCGCACACACGUGGAUCUAUGCCGCACAAUGGUGGCUAGUCGGACCAUCGGAAAAGUCAACCGUCAAUCUGGAUGGCCUGCAAGUCGGUUGUCUCCUAUUGCUGGCCCGCCAGACGAACAGCCUUCCAGGCACGAGCUGGCUCUCCGCAGGGUCCGUGCUGCGUAUGGCCAUGGCCAUCGGACUACACCGCUCUCCUGACCUCUUUCCCGCGCUGUCCGUUUACCAGUCCGAAAUGCGAGCCCGACUCUGGGCGACGGUGCUGGAAUUGACUUUACUGUCAUCGCUGGAUGCCGCCAUGCCAUUACCGUUCUCCCUACAGGACGUUGACCGCACGGCGCCGUCGAACUCAAAUGACGAGCAGUUCGACACCGAGGCCGAGACGCCCCCCACCCCGCAGUCAAAUCAGCACUUUACCGACUCGUCCAUUCAGAUUCUGCUGCUCAAGUCUCUUCAGGUGCGAGUGGAAGCAGUCCAGCUCGUGAGCAACCAGCACGGCCGGGAAUUGUCAUACGAAACUGCAUUGAGGUUGGGAAACGAAUUGCGCUCGGCCUGUCGCGAUAUUGCCGCCUUGUUCUACACCAGCCAAAAGCAGUCAAGGCAUGAGGGCCGUUCUCUGGGCAUGACUGACUUCCAUCUCCGGUUUCUAGACACGUACCUACGUCGACAUAUCUUGUUCCUGCAUCGGCCGUUCAUGAUCCAAGCUCGUAAAGACCCACGAUUCUACCUGUCCCGGAAGGUGUGUCUGGAGUCCUGCAUAGUGGUUGCAUCGUAUGCGGAUCACCUCAAUCUACCGUCAGACACCUUGGAUGACACCUCUCACCUGGCCAUUGUAGGAAGAGGUUCCUUUAAAGGUGCCUUAAAGGAGGAUUCUACACGGCCCGUGGGAUCUUCUCCCCCAUUUAUCGCCGAUUCCCUACAUAAAAUGGCCAAGGCCCAUCGAGCGCCCUUGAUCCGGAGCCUAGAACACAUUCAAGAGCAGCUGCUGCAGAUUAUCGCCCUCGGAAAUCCCAGUCUCAAGCGAUACAACUUCCUGUCCGCCAUCUUGAGUCAGGUCCGUGCAAUGGAGUCGGGCCAGCCGAUCCAACCCGCCAUUUACGAGACCGUCAAAGAAAGCCUAAAGAAAUGUUAUUCCUUGCUGCAGGCCUCUCACACAGCCAGUCCGCCGCAGGACUCGGUUGAGUCGCUGAAUAUGGGGACAGACAGUGCUCUAGGUUUUGACUUGGACGCUUUAACCGCGUAUCCCGCAGCGCCGGCCGAGGGGGUUCAGCUGAGUUGGACAGUGGUGGGCUCAACGUUCGUAACGCCCAGGUUCGUGGGCGGCGCGGGGGCUCCUGCGCCCACGAUGACCUCAAGACUCGCCACCGGCAAGCCUCCCGCAGCGUAG